AUGACUCUUUUUGAUGGCAUCUACCCCUUCUACCCGCAGAAGAGGAAGGCUGCUGUGUUUGACGUCAGCAUCAUCAUAGUGAUCGUGUUCUUCCUAACGUUGGCUUGCAGCUUCCUGGUCAUCAUCCCAGGCAUCCGAGGACGGGCGAGACUGUACUGGACUCUCCGGGUUCUCCUCAGCCUUGUCGUGGGAGUGGUGAUUGUUGUUGUCCAGUUCACAGGGGACUGGGAGACCGGCUGGGUGAAGGCAAACACCUUCUACAAGUCCUUCAGCCAUGCCCUGGUGAAUGUGGAUGUGGGGCUGCAUGUUGGCCUAGCGGGGGUAAACGUCACACUCGUGGGAAACCCGGUGAAUCAGCUCAACGAGACCAUCGACUACAAUGAGCACUUUACCUGGAGCUUCAAUACAGACUACGACCACAGCUACAGUGAAGGGCUGGAGAAGGGGCUGCCCAGCCCCAUCCUCUACGUGGUGGAGAAGUUCACCACGCAAAGCCCCUGCAGUGUACAUAGGCAGUACCGCAUCUCCGGCCACUACGCAUCGGCCGCUCUCUGGGUGGCCUUUUGCACUUGGCUUAUCGCCAACAUGCUCUUCUCCAUGCCUGUCCUAGUCUAUGGAGGCUACAUGCUCCUGGUCACAGGGGCUUUCAUGAUCUUUUCAUUGCUCUCAUUUGCCACCGUGAGGAACUCCCCGAUGUGUCCGAUCCAGUUUGGGACAGCAGCCCUGCACACAGGCUACGGGGGAUCGUUCUGGCUCACACUAGUGAUUGGCUUGCUCUGCCUUGUGGCUGGGAUCACUGUUGUUGCACUGCACUACUUCAACAUGGAUCUACUGAAAACUUUCUUUGAUCUCCGUGAGGACCAAGCAGAGGAGUACCAGGAAAUUACUCAAGUGUAUGUCAACCCUCAUUUUGUGAACAAAGGACUGUCUCUUUCUCAGCCCUCCAAACUCAACCUCAACAGCAACUAG